AUGCCAGCCCCACAAGACAGCGAUUCGACUCACCCCUCGGGCGCCUUCUUCUGUCCACAGGCCUAUGCUCCAGACGAGGAGUACUUGAACGGUCUUCAUUCUUUUUUGAGCGAGAACAAGUAUGGCAAAUCACUUCUUCGCGAGAUCUCAGAUCUCAAGGACAGUCACAUCUGGUCAACAUUUGCCACUGCGAGCGGUGAUGUCGCCUCGCUGAGCGCUGGGCCAGAGUACAUAGACCUGCUGUACAACUGGGCAGCGAAAGGUGCUUCUGGACCUUUGGCUGCAGCAAGGUCCUCGGUGGUGGCUCUACCUUUACUUGUCAUCCUUCAAGUCGGCCAGUACCUAAGGUAUCUUGACUACCAUAACUUGUCGCACCAGACGUUCCUUGUCGAUGUCAGUCAGGCCGGCGGCGUCCAGGGAUUUUGUGGUGGUCUGGCAACUGCCAUUGCUAUCGCUUGUGCUGUAGAUGAGAGUCAAGUAGUUCAGUACACAGCCACAGUCAUGCGAGUCUUGAUUGGGGUUGGAGCAUAUAGCGAGGCUGCAGACGACACUCGAGGCAGUGGAUCCACGACCCUCGCUCUGCGCCUGAAAUACGAAGGCCAAGGCGAGGAGCUCACUCAGAACUUCCCGGGGACGUACGUUUCAGCUAUCACAGAACCACUAAACAUCAGCAUUGUUGGACCCGCUGGCACAUUACAUGAGCUGUUCAUAUUUGCCAAGGAGCAAGAACAGCUCCAGGUUCAGAAAAUGGACAUUCGAGGCAAGAGCCACAACCCCGAAAACCAGAAGGUCGCUGGUGACCUCUGUACGGUCUGCGACGGUACACAAAGCCUGCGCCUUCCUGAUGCCUCCGAGUUACGGGCACCUGUACGGUCCAAUAUUUCUGGUCGCAGGCUGACUGAAGGCUCACUUACCAAUGAACUUGUCACCACCAUCCUGGCAAACAGAUGCGAAUGGUAUAGUAUCUUAACGCAAACUGCGAAGGAUAUCAAGGCGCAGAGUAAUGAUACGCCAGGACUCGUCUACUUUGGAAUGACGGACGUGGUCUCCCUUGCGCCAUUUGUCCAGCAAGGUCUCCAACCAGCCAAGACAGCCGCCCACACUCUGAUUGCCCGAAUAACUAAGAGUCCUGUUGACUUCCCUGAAGACGCCAUUGCAGUAGUUGGGGCCUCUUGCCGGCUACCUGGGGCGAACAAUUUUGAAGAGCUGUGGGAGUUGCUUGCUUCGGGAGCGGACCAACAUCGUCCGCUUGGCACGGAUAGAUUCAAUAUAUACGACAGUUUCCGGGCAUCUCAGAGUGGGAAAUUCGGAGAGUCCAAGUUCUAUGGCAACUUUAUCGAUGACGUGCGGCGCUUUGAUAACGCUUUCUUCGGGGUUAACCAACGUGAAGCGGCCAGUAUGGAUCCGCAGCAGCGCCUAUUGCUUGAAGUCGCAUACGAAGCUCUUGAUGAUGCCGGAUAUCUAGUAAAACAUUGCAGAGAGAAUGGCGACAACGUCGGAUGCUUUAUAGGCGGGAGUCUUGUGGAAUACCUUGAUAAUACCAGCGCCUAUGCCCCAACAGCUUACGUCGCUUCCGGAACUAUUCGUGCCUUUCUCUGUGGCCGUCUUAGCUACUAUUUCGGAUGGUCUGGCCCGGCAGAGGUCAUUGACACUGCCUGCUCGUCUUCUCUCGUUGCCAUCAAUCGAGCCUGUAAAGCAAUUCAGGCCGGUGAAUGUUUUAUGGCGCUUUGCGGAGGUGUCAACAUCAUUACAGGCAUGAACAACUAUUUCGAUCUGGGUAAGGCCGGAUUCCUUAGCCCAACGGGACAAUGCAAGCCAUUUGACGCCUCUGGUGACGGCUACUGUCGCUCGGAUGGCGUUGGACUUGUGGUUCUAAAGAAGCUAUCUCAGGCAAUUGUUGAUGGGGAUGCCGUAAUGGCCGUUAUCCCUGGAAUCAGCACCAACCAGGGCGGUCUCUCGCCUUCGAUCACAAUUCCACACUCGACUGCGCAACAAGCUCUGUACAAAAGAGUUCUCCAGCAAGCGCAGAUCCCUCCGGAGAGCGUCACUUAUAUUGAGGCUCAUGGCACGGGCACCCAGGCCGGGGAUCCUAUCGAGGUGGAAAGUCUCCGAUCGGUCUUCGGCAAGAAGAUGCUGAAAACAUCAUCGGAUCGCACACUGCACAUUGGAUCCAUUAAGGGGAACUUGGGUCACUGCGAAACAGCGGCGGGAGUGACAGGCCUGCUCAAAGUCCUGGCUAUGAUCAAGCACGCUCAACUUCCACCACAUGCUAGUUAUGGAAGACUGAAUCCCAAGAUUCCUCCUUUAGAGCCUGAUGGCUUGUCAAUCAAUCGUAGCCUGUGCGAUUGGAAGACUCCUUUCCGUGCAGCCCUCGUUAACAGCUAUGGCGCCGCCGGAUCGAAUUGUGCUCUGUUGUGCUGUGAGCUGCCUUCCAAAAUGAGCUCUCGAGCGAAAGACGUGGACGUGAAACUUCCGCUCCUAGUCAGUGCUGCUUCCGAGAAAAGUCUGCUGCAGAACGCGCAAGUUUUGAGUGCCCACCUUCGGAAGCAUGCCUUGGAAAUCAAUCUUGGCGACCUAGCUCACACCUUGAACGAAAGAAGAAAGCGUCACAAGUUCCUGAUGCCCAUAGACGCAGUCGAUGUUCAAGACGCAGCAAGUCAGCUCGAGAACCUUCAAUUUCAAUCGAUCGUCCAAAAUGCAUCCCGAACUCCAAGACCAGUAGUUCUUGUUUUCAGUGGCCAGUUCGAUAAUAAGGUGCAAUUAGACAAGGCAUUCUAUGAUAAAAUACCAGCCUUCCGGCAUUAUCUUGACCUUUGCGACAAGGAGCUCGUCGCCCAGGGCUUCCCGACAAUUAUGCCGACAAUCUUUGACACCGAACCCGCGGCAGAUGCCACGCUGUUGCAGUGUGGCAUCUUCGCCAUGCAAUACGCUUCUGCUCAAUGCUGGAUAGACGCAGGCCUGACUCCAAGCGCAGUCAUCGGUCACAGCCUCGGGGAGCUUACAGCACUCGCUGUCUCCGGUGUCCUUUCGCUUGCCGACGCUAUCAAGUUGGUAGCAUCCCGAGCGCGUCUUAUUGACACUAAAUGGGGCUCGGACAAGGGAUCCAUGCUGGCCAUGAGCAAUUGCUCUGCCUCAGAAUUCGAAGCCAUAUGUUCGUUGCUCCAACAGAGGUCGGGUAGUGUUAUCGAAAUUGCUUGCUACAAUGCUGUAGACACUAUUAUAGCUUCUGGGGCAUCGGCGAACAUUGCUCGUCUCAAGGAAAUCGUGUGCAGCGAGCCAAGGUUCCAAAAGAUCCGUGCCCGUGACCUCGCUACAACCCACGGCUUUCACUCCAGCUUGACAGAGACCUUAAUUGCCGACAUGACAGUUACAUCCCAGUCGCUAAAAUGGAAUGAGCCCAAAAUACCCCUAGAGACGUGUUCGAAUAAUCCUAUCGAUUCUUUCAAGGAGUACGAUCCCUCCAGGCAUCUGCGCGAGCCAGUCUUCUUUGUCGAUGCCAUACAAAGGCUUGAGAAGCGCUUCCCAUCUGCUGUGUGGUUGGAGGCCGGAAUAAGUACACCAGCUGUUGUCAUGGCGAGAUCUGCAUCGGGGCAAGCAAACGCGCAUGCUUUCCUGGGUCUCAAAGCGUCGGGAACAUUAAGCGCGCUAGACUCCCUCUCUAGCUUGGUGUCUGAUCUCUGGCGAAACGGACAUUUUGUUCAGCACUGGCGGCUCGUCUCACCCAGUGGAAAGUCGCUCGGCUUUAAGCCGAUUUGGCUGCCUCCCUAUCAGUUUGAGCGUACGCAGCAUUGGGUGGCGAAUGUAGACCGUGUCAUGGAAAUGCAGCAGACAGUCUCCAAAGCUGCAGCAGAAUCGAUGGCUGUUCUCAAGGCCCCUGAAAACUCCACUCUUAAGCCCCCAACCUUAGUGGGCCGCGCAACUCGAAGGGCUACAAAAGCAGAAGGACAAGUCGACUUCACCAUCAACAUUCAGACGCAACGCUUCCAUCAGGUGGUUAGGGGCCACUAUUUGCGCUCUCGGUCACUGUGCCCCGCGUCUAUGUACAUGGAGGCGGUUACUAUGGCUCUUCAGCUCCUGGCUGCUGACGGUAACUCGCCGAGAGUAGCUCCAGGAGCCUUCAGCUUAGUUUGGGAUGAGGUCAACUUCCAUGCGCCGCUGGGAACAGAGGCAAGGGGCGAGGUUGUGGUUCGACUCAGCCCGGCUAGGCACGAGAAUAUCUGGAACUUUGCCAUUUGCACUCUACCUGGAGAUGGCUCGUCCUCGCGGCAACCUCGAGAAACCGUUCAUGUGAAAGGUGUUGUCUCUCUCGUCAAAUGUCUGUCUCUCGAUGCCUGGGAAAGGCUGGUCUCCGGGCCCAUGGAGAGGAUUACAAGCUCAGAGAUUGACACCGAGAGGUUUAUGCGCAGGCGCACAUAUGGUCUUUUUGCACGUCUCGUCGAGUACGCACCGUUCUUUAAGGGUAUUCAUUCACUGGUCCUCCACGAGCGUGAGGGCGUAGCAACUAUUUGCAUGCCUGACGAACAGCCUGCCCGAGAAGAAAGCACUUCAUGGAGCCUGUGUGACACAGUUACGAUUGAUGCAUUUAUACAGGUCUUGGGCUUCGUCAUCAAUACGAGUGAUUUUGUCCCAGAAGGAGAAGUGGCAGUUAUGGUAGGCUUAGACCGAGCCGUGAUCUCGCCCAAGUGCGAUUUCAGCACUAGUUCUGCGAAGAGAGAGAACUGGCGAGUAUAUGCUCGAUUUGGAGUUGAUGGUGGUGGACAGCCUCUUGGCGACGUUUUUGUCUGGAACAUUCAGGAUAACAACCUUGUUGCUGUCUUCACUGGGUGUCGCUUCUCCAAGGUCCCUAUCUCUAAGCUUGAAAGAAGUCUCGACCAAGCGAUGCGACUGGUGACACCGAGCCAAGCUCAACCCACCGCCGGCCGAAAUGUGCCCGUCGUUGGGUCGAUUAACUCCGCCGCUGGGCAAAACCAACGCACCGCUGUUGUUCGCUUUCUUCCCGAUGAAAGCUCUUCUACCUCAAGCUCAUCUUCGGAUACCGACAGUCGGGGUAGUAUCGUCCCCACUGCCGGUAGCAUCUCAUCUGUUGAACCGGACCAGAUCGAAGAUCAGCUCGAAGAAUUACAGAACAUGAUUGCCGAGUCCACCGGGAUGGCCAAGUCAGACAUGACCAAGGCCAUGAUGCUUGCUGACAUGGGGUUGGACUCGCUGGCAGCUCUUGAUCUUGUUGGGGAAUUCUCGUCCAAGUUCAACCUCAAAGUCGCUGCGCAUGACCUCCAAAAUAUGACUUUCGGGGAUUUAAGCUCGAAGCUAGCCAGCAACAGUCCUACUUCUGUAGCUUCACUAUCACGGCCUGCUGCGCCUGAAGCAGACGGUGUGGGAAAAGCUGUCUCACCAGCCAGCCAGCCGUUGACCGAUCAGGUCGAAGAUCAGCUCGAGGAAUUACAAAACCUGAUCGCCGAGUGUACCGGGAUGGCGAAAUCAGAUAUGACGAAGGAUAUGAUUCUCGCAGACAUGGGCUUGGACUCGUUGGCAGCGGUCGAUCUUGUUGGGGAAUUUUCUGCCAGGUUCAACCUGGAUAUCGCUUCGCAUGACCUCCAAAAUAUCACUCUUGAGGUACUGGGUACACAGCUUGCCGGUAACAAUUCCGUCAGUGUUACCUUAGUACCGCGAUCUGGUGCUACUCGAGCAGAUAGUGUGAGGCAACUUGCCAGCGUCCAGUCAGCUGGCGCCGAGAAGCGCGAAUCGAAUGCCGGAGCAACUGUUCUUCUCGGGAAUCCCUUCGAGGCGCUCAAGUUGUCAGACGCUCAGUUCGACACAUCUGCUAAGAGACAGGGGUACUUUAAUCAUCAUCAAGAUGCUGCACCGUAUGAAGAUGAAAUUCUCCUAGCCCAUAUUAUCGAGGCCUUGGCCACACUCGGCAUUGACCUAUCGCGCGUCGACCCACGCUCCGAGCUCCCUCAAAUUCCUCACUUACCUAAGUACGACAAACUGGUUGCGAGACUCUGGGAAAUACUGCAGCAUCACGGAUUCGUCAAAAUCAACACUGACGGAAAGCGCACACGAAGUGAUCGUGCCGUGGAUGGGCGGUCGUCUGCAACGCUCCUCGCAGCAUUUAAAGACCGGUUCCCAGGCUACAAGUAUCAAAGCGAUCUAAUCGGUCUGACCGGUCCCCGACUCGCGGAGGUCCUUUCAGGCAAACUCGACUCAGUUGCUCUCCUGUUUGGCAGUCCAGCCUCCCUUAAGAUCAUGGCGAGCUUCUAUGACUUGUCGCCCAUGAUGUCGACCUUGACCGACCAGCUCGUCGUCUUUCUGGGUGAGUUACUCCGCAACGUGGACAAGUCUCGAAACGUGCGCAUCCUCGAAGUUGGUGCGGGCACAUGUGGCACCACCAAACGCGUGUUGGCAGCCCUGGCCUCAGCCAAUAUCGCAACCACCUAUACAUUCACAGAUAUUUCGGCUAGUCUGGUGCAGAAGGCCAAGACGACCUUGAAGGAGUACAAUUUCAUCGAGUAUGAUACCUUCAACUUGGAAAAGGAGGUGCCCGAAUCUUUCCGCGGCCGCUUUGAUGUGGUCAUUAGCACGAACUGUGUUCACGCGACGACCGACCGCACGAAAUCAUGUCGCCGACUACGCGAUACUCUUGCUCCUGGCGGAAUUCUCGUUUUGUCGGAGCUCACACGCGUUAUCGACUGGUAUGACACAUGCUUCGGCCUUUUGGACGGAUGGUGGCUUGCGGAGGGACGUACUCUAUACCCUGUCCAGCCGGCCGAGAGAUGGAUGUCUGUGUAUGAGAACGCUGGGUUCGCUUCAUACGGACACUCUUGGGGACCGACGCUUGAGGCUACUAGCCAGCAGCUGCUGGUCGCGUGCAAUGAACACUGGACAGUGCCCCAGCAGUGCAGGAACCCCCCCCCCUGA